AGAGUGGGCGAAGCCUCUGGGAAACUGUUGUGGUGGCUUCCAGGAGCUCAGCACAGGACCCUACCUACGGAUAUUUUGAAGAAUAAAGAGCGAUGACCACGCCUGCGGGCUCGGGCACCGGUUAUGGUAGUGUGUCCUGGUGGGGUCUGUCCCCGGCGCUGGACCUACAGGCAGAAAGUCCUCCUGUAGACCCAGAUUCACAGUCGAAAACAGAGCGCAAGGUCCCAGAACUGGAUGCCCUGCUGUUAGGUUCUGUGGAUGGUAGACACAUGCUGCGGACCCUGGCCAGGGCAGCGCUCUGGCCUCUCAGGAGCUUCAAUUUUUAUGUGCUGGAGAAUAAUCUGGAAGCGGUAGCCCGACACAUGCUGAUCUUCAGUCUAGCCCUAGAGGAACCUGAGAAGAUGGGGCUCCAAGAGCGGAGUGAGACCUUCCUGGAGCUGUGGGGGAACGCGCUGCUGCGACCCUCGGUAGCUGCCUUCCUGCGCGCUCAGGCUAGCCACCUGGCUAAUCUGGUCCUGGAGCCUGAUCGCCUGGAGGAGCAACUACCCUGGCUUAGUCUUCGGCUGCUCAAGUUCCGCGAGCGGGAUGCCCUGGAGGCCGUGUUCCGUUUCUGGUCUGGUGGGGAGAAGGGACCUGAAGUCUUUCCCAUGAGUCGCCUUUGGGACUCGAGGUUGCGCCACUACCUGGGUUCCCGCUACGAUGCCCGGCGUGGUGUUGCCGACUGGGACCUACGCAUGAAGCUGCAUGAUCGAGGGGCCCAAGUUAUCCAUAUCCAGGAAUUCCGACGCUGGCGGGAUACAGGUGUUGCCUUUGAACUCAGAGACUUGAGUGCUUACCAUGUGCCCAACAGGACUCUGGCAUCAGGUCGCCUCCUGAGCCACCGUGGGGAACGCGUGGCUGCGCGCGGAUACUGGGGGGACAUCGCCACGGGGCCCUUUAUGGCUUUUGGCAUCGAGGCGGACGACCAAAGCCUCUUACGGACGAGAAACGGACAACCAGUCAAGACUGCGAGCGAGAUCACGCAGCACAACGUCACAGAGCUGUUCCGAGAAGUAGCCGCCUGGAGGGGCCCGAGAGCCAUCCAGGGGAAUGUGGAGGAGACAGAGUCGCCCGAGCCAGAUGUGCCUGCUCAAGAACCCUUCACUAUCCACUUUCUGCCUCUCGAUUCUUCGCAGACUCUCCACCACAAGACUUGCUACCAGGGCCGGUUCCAGCUCCUCUACGUGUCCUGUGGGAUGGUCCAUCUUCUCAGCCCUGAGCUCGGGGCUUGCGUGGCCCCCGGAGGGAACCUGGUUGUGGAAUUAGCUCGGUACUUGGUGGACCUGCGGCCCAAGGAGUUGAAGGCGUUCUCUGACCGCGUUGUAGAGAUAGCGCGGGUGGCUGGGUUCGCCCCUCACACUGCAACCAAACCCUCGGAGACUUUUGCGAGGUUCUACAAGUUAGGGGACUCCACUCCGGGUGGCGGAGACUCAGCUGUGGAAUCUGGACCCGCGCCCUCCAAAGUGGAAUCUACCCGCGCCCCUCUCCCAGAAUCGAUAAGUCCGCCCCAGGCUAACCAGGCCCCCUCUCUAGAGGCGAUGAGCCCACCCCUGGCUGACCUGGCCCCACCUCUAGAGACAAUGUGUCCACCCCAGGCCAACCAGGCCCCUCCUCUAGAAGCGUUGAGCCCAUCCAAAGCUGACCAGAUCCCACCUCUAGAGGCGAUGAGCCCACCCCAGGCUAAGCUAGUCCUGCCUGUAGAAGCAAUCAGCCUUCCCCAAGCCGACCUGGCCUCUCCUCCGGAAGUGAUAAGCCCACUCCAGGAAGCUAUGGCAACGUCCUGGGUGAAUGCACCUCCAAAACAUGUAACAUGAACCCCAGGGACCACGUAGCCCACCUUUAACUGCUGAAGCAGGCCCAGGGAUUGACAUCACCAGCUCAGCCCACCUGCAUGCGGUUUUACUCUGCGUUCCUUCUCAACCCCAGGGAUAUGACUAGAACUUCAAAUUCCUUUCCUGGAACUCUCGGUUGUACUAUUUGGGGGGUAGGGGUGAGGGUGGGGGAUGGGUCCUAGACUGUUAUCUGAGACUUAUCCUGACAAGGAUCGAAGGCUGAAGGGACAACCCUGGGCUCCAGAUCCUCUCUUUUGUCUUGGGCCUUUCUUGACAUGCUGCUUUUGGGAAGGACAAGGGCAUAGCCUUCCUUGAAUGUGAUUCAAAUAAAAAGCGCAGGGUCACCUCUGUGUGUCCUGUCCUCA